UUCAGUUACGUUUUGCGUGUAGUCACUGACUGACGUUUGAUGAUGAUGUGUAAUGACGACUAUUUUAGCCUGAUGUUUUUGAUGUUUUUAUAAAAUUAAUUUAAAAUGAAUAACAAUGGUCAAAAAAAUCAUUAAAAUUUUAUUUAAAGACAAAAACUUAGAUUUAUUAAAUUAAAUUUAAAAAAUACUGUCGUAUUAAAUGUUUUAAAAAAAAUAUGAACAAUUCUAUGGAUACUACUACUACUACUACUACUAAUGCUACAACUUUGAAGUCAAAAAGAUUUCCGACCAUGUUCAAGAAAAUAAUGCUUUCAAGAUUAAAAACCAUUUCAAAGGAUGCAACUUCGGCUGUAAAAUCGUCAGUCCAAAAGAAGACAUCAGCCAAAAAAAAGUCAAAAACGGCAAUGGUAACUGAACAGGAAGUUGUGGGUAUUUCAAGGCGGCCAGACACAGCCACGUUGGGUAAACCACCGUUGGACAAGCAGACAGAGAAUGGAACGGAAGUACGGCCAUCAACUACAAAACGUCCGGUUUGUCAACAAUUUAACAGUAGAACAUACCGGGUGAAAACCAAGGACCGAAAAAGCGUGCUAAGCUUGCCAGAAGUAUCUAAACAAACAUCGAAGAAUCGUAAAAGUUAUUUACCGAUUAAAGUGAAACCGAUUGCUCCCACUCCACCAAUUCGGCAACGUAUCCAAAAGAUGUCUCCGUCAAACGAACAGGAAAAUGUUAAGGAGAACAUUAAUAGCGACAAAAAAGAAGAAAAAUCUGAAGAAUAUAGACCAGAAAAAUGGGUUCCAACGGCUGUUGGUUCAGCAAGGAAGAAAAGGCUUGUCUUGUGCUAUUUGUGUGGUAAAGAAUUCGGUACUGCUUCGUUGCCAUUUCACGAACCUCAAUGUCUCAAGAAAUGGACCCAAGAAAAUUCUCGAUUACCAGAACAUUUACAAAGAACUAUGCCAAAGAAACCAGAAAACCAAACUAUUUCUGUUGAUGAUUGGAAUCAGUUAGCAUGGGAAGCCACUCAGUCAAAUUUGGUACCAUGCGAUUUUUGCCAACGGAAGUUCCUAGCAAACAGACUCGAAGCCCACGCAAGAGUUUGUAUUGAAUCCAAGAAAAAAACAGUGCCGCCGCCGAAAUUACCUACUAAAACGGCAGUAAUCAUGGACAGGCCAAAAAAGAAACCGGCGCCGUGUUACGUGUGCGGUCGCCUGUUCGGGACCGCGUCCAUAGGGAUUCACGAACCUCAGUGUCUGAUCAAGUGGACCCGAGAAAAUGAUAGCUUAGCACCGCAUCUCCGACGACCUGUACCCACUAAACCGGAGGUGAUCAUCGACGAAGCGACGGGCAAGGUGGACCAGCGGGCUACCAGAGAAGAGCACUGGAAAUCGUACUUGUCACAACUUGUGCCAUGCGAUCGGUGCAAACGGACAUUCGACCCUGACCGGUUGGAGGUGCAUCAGAGAAGUUGUAAAGGAGUGACGAAUAAAUAAAAAGUUAUUAUUAAAACUUGAAGCAUUGAUAGUUGAUACAUGCGUAAAUUAUAAUAUUAUUCACGAAUCACGAUUGUCAUAAUUCUCGUCAAACUCCUGUUUUAUUAAUUAACUAAGGUGGUACUUACUAUUAUAUAGAUCUUCUAUGCAAUAAUAAAAUAAAAUCAACCCAGCCCAACCAUUUUAAAAAUCAGAGAAAACCAUCUCAUGAUUUUCCGUCUUUACCCUGCCGAUUGAUGUAAUGACAUCAUUGUAGUGAUCGUUCAGCGUUCUUUUAUUUGUCGUACCAGAAUAAAUCGCUUCAGAUUACAUAUAUUUCCUAUAACUACCCACUCAAUGAUUUAUCGAUGAUAGUUGUAAAUUUCACCUAUGGGUACCUAACAUAAAAUUAUGAAAGAAUUCAAAAAUUGUUAAAUUAUUAAUUUAAUUGCUGGCAUUAAAUAAUUUAUAAUUAAUUACGAAUACAAUUAUCGUAUCUGUAACACUGAAAAAAUAAUUGAACUCUGUAUGAGCAAAAUACAACAUAACAUUUUUACUGUGAAUAGUAUUAGCCUAACUAGAUAAUAAUUGUUUAUUACUAUGUAUAAUACACUGAACAGUUUAAUAAAACAACUGUUUUCCUAUAAAUGAGUUUUUGCAAUAAUAAAAUCAUGUUUUAAAUUAACAA